UCCCGCCAAGCGCGCGGAAACAAAACAACUUUCGAUCGCCCCUCUCAAGCACGUGGUCUGCACAUCCCGUUGAAAGGGGGAAGAAAAACGCGCCGCUCGCAGUCGUGACAAGCAUUGAAAAGCAGCCACUCCGAGUCAGCCGACGUUCCAGCAACAACGUCGCCUCGCAGCCAUGGCAGCAACACUCCCAGUCUUCGCCGUCGUCUUCUUUGCCCUGGUACUAGCAUCCAGCCAGGCCAACGAGUGCGUCUCCAAGGGCUUCGGCUGUCUUCCGCCAUCUGACUGUCCGCAGGAGGCUCGUUUGAGCUACGGCGGAUGCUCGACCGUCUGCUGUGACUUAUCGAAACUGACUGGCUGCAAAAGCAAGGGAGGCGAGUGCAACCCGCUCGGCCGGCAGUGCAAAGAGCUGCAAGGUGAAAGGGCGUCCUGCCCCAAGGACCAAAAGUGCUGCAUCUGGCUCCACUAAACGGAUUUCGUCGUCACGUACGGCGACUCUUGUUGGGCGGCGCACAAUGUCGUCGCGGAUCACGUGGCGAUCACACAGAGUUACGAAUAAAGGUGACAAAUAACAAUUCUCUGUGACCCGACCAA